GCUCUUUUCACACAUUAACACAGUGAAGCAUUAGGUAUGAGCUAAUUUAUGUUAUGUUACUUAUGUGUGUUCCCCAUCUUCUCCAUGUCUGCAGGCCAUCAUUGGACUACAUCUGCAGUAGUGUGCAAAACUUUGGGCACCCCUGGUCAAAAAGCCUUUUACAAUCAAUAUCUUGGUGAACAGAAAUUAACCUGACCUCUGAAUGGUACAAUGUUAAACGUGACACAUUUAUUCAAAUUUUAAAGCAAGAUUAUUACAGUUUUUACAGUCAGUAAGUACUUUGUAACUCCUCGGGCAACUAUAACAGCUUCCUGUAGUCAGCUAAGAGUCUUUCAAUUCUCGCUUUUGGAUUUUUUUCCCCAUUCCUAGCAGAACACCUCUAACUCAGAAAUAUUCUUUGGUCUCCUUGCAUGUACAGCAUGUUUGAGAUCUCUCCACAGAUUUUCAGUAUUAUUGAAGUCUGGGGACUGUGGUGGCCUUCGUUCCUGGAGGUACUUCAUGGUUGAUUUCGAGGUAUGCUUUGGAUCAUUGUCUUGCUGGCAUAUCUGGACUGACCUUUGUACUUUAGCCUUCCUUCCACUUGCACAGUAUUUCCUGUGCCCCCAGCUGCCACACAACCCCAAAGCAUAAUGGAUCCACUGACAUUCUCCACAGUUGGCAAGGUGUUCUUCUCUGCAAAGGCUUCAUCCUUUUUUCUAUAAAUGUACCUUCGCUCGUGGUUGCCAAAAAGAUUCAUUUUUGUUUUGUCAUUCUUCCAAAAGGCUUCAGGCUUCUCAAUGUUUUCUUAUGCAUACUUCAGACGCUUAAUUUUAUGUUGAGGUUGUUCUUUCUGGCAACUCUCCCAUGUAGGUCUUUGUUGUUUUGUUCUGUUCUGUUCUGUUGCCCUGUGAAUGGCUAUACCUGUGUUGGCUACUUUUGCAGUGAUGUGUGGGUUCUUCUGGGCAUUUCUCACCAGGUCUCCAGCCAUUCUAUCUGAAAUCUUUCUUGGUCUUCCAGACCUUGCCUUGACUUGACUUCAACUGUUCCAUUUAUCUUACAUUUUCUAAUAAAGUUUGGAACUGUGGAAAUAGGUUGUUUGAAACAUUGAGAGAGUUUUUGUAGCCUUCUCCUUCUUGGUGGAAAUGAGCCAUCUUCAUUCUGAAAUCCUUGGACAACCGUUUAGAAGAAGCCAUGGUUGUUAACACCAGACAGAACAGCCACAGUUGGCUAGUUUAGAAGGCAUGGAGUUACUUCAGAAUAAAAAAUUCAGUCCUGGAAUUAUACUCAUCUGACUCAUUGAAGCCCUAAUGUGUAAAUCACCUGGGUCUGGGCCUUAGUAAUCUUUUUUUCUUUUUUUUCCUUUUUUUAACAGAAUAAUACAAAAGGGUUUGCAAACUUUUCCAAUCAUCAAGAAUGGUGGUGGAGGGGUGAUGAUUUGGGGCUGAUUUCACACCACAUCUUUGAGUCCUCCAUGAAUUCCUGAAUUUAGAACAGUUAUCCUAGGGGUGUCUCAGUGGCGCAGCCUGCAGAGCACUGACCGCAUGCUCAUUGUGAGCCGCGACGUCAACGGUUCGAAUCCGACCAUCUGACAAUGUCUUUCCCUCUCUCUCGCCCCCAUUCUUCCUGUCUCUAUAUACUGUCCAAUAAAGCUGAAAAAGGCCUAAAAAAAUAUCUUUAAAAAAAAAAAGAGCAGUUAUCCUAAGUACACCUGUAAAUCAGCUGAAUGACUGAAAAAGAAUCAAGUCAGUGUUUUGUCAAGUCAGUUGUAAGUUGAGGCACAAACCUCAACCUACGCAAUGUGAAGAGUGCUUUGAGAAGGUGGUUUACUGACUCAAAGUGCUCUACUGAUGAUGCUUUUGUUUGCUCCUCUAAUUAUAAAAAUUUAAUAUAUUCUUGGAAAGCGUAAAAGUAAUGUCUUCUGGAAGGUACAGCAUAUAGGUUAGGGCCUGGUGGGUCUAUUAAUGAUGAUAUUAGCCUAUUUAUUUUUCUCUGGUCUCUUGUGUAUAUUUAUUGUAGCUUCAUCUAUAGAUGUCUUAUAAGGACAACAAAAUGUUCCUUUCGCUAUUAAUAAAUUAUGUAUAUAUUUAUCUGCAAAUAAAAUGUCUCAAAUUGACUGCCGCCUUCGCUAAACACUUGCACCAGAGCCAGGGUUUAGGGUUUUACCCAAUGGAACAACUUUCAGUAAACUGGUAUUUUGAAAGUUCCGGUCGACAAGGGGCGUUGUGCAUGUACGGUAGUAGCACCGCCUCCAUGUGAAAAAGUCAGGCGCCUCAAAGUCCGAAAGGUGGCAAGAGCUGGAAAGACUUUAUACGCUCCAAACAAGCCGCCUUUACCCUUAUGCGUGCGACAUUUGGAUUUUUCUCCAUGUUGACUCCUAUACGAUGAAGUUCUUGCAUGUUCCCUUGACUUGACUGAUCCGGAGCUUCUACUGUAUCUAUGAGACACAGUGAUGUUUCCGUCUUUGAGCGGUUCAACAAUGACACAAAGAUCGGGCUUGCGGCUGGACAGCUUGGAACCCAAGUCCUUCAACUGUCCUGAGGAGAAUGAUGAGACGGUGAGCGAGGACAGUCUUCUCAGCAUGCCCUCGUCGAGGCCGCAGUCCAGCAGCCCUUCGGACCUGCACUCCUCCUUCGGUGCUUUGAGCAGAAUGGUGGCUGGGCUCCCGCAUGCAGGAGACCUGGGCCAAUCCCUGCCUAGCAGCGGCGUUUACCAGCUGCCCCGCAUGCCACACGCCGGCUACGAACCCACCACACCCUUCCCCAGCUGGGGGGGCUGCACCAGCACCCUGGAUCCACACAAGGGCGCCUGGCUGCACCCCAGCUUGGCCAGCAGCUUCUCCGGGUACCCCAGCAGCCUGCCAGCUGGCCUUCCUUCUGAGGAGUAUCCCAGCUUCCCUGCGGCAGACCCGUACUACUUGAGGGGGUCGCGCUCCUUGCCGGGCCGGUGCAGUCCUAGCCUGGAUCAGCCCGGCUCUCUGCACUCCGACCCCUUGAACACUGCGCUCCCACGUGGCUACUACCUGCCCCCCUUCAUCUGUCCACCUCCCGGGCCCACCUGCUGCUCCAGGUAUCCUGCGCAGGGUUGCAGGGUGGGUCCUCCACCCCAUCACAGUCCCUGGCUGGGCUACAACCAGCCACACCGACCCUCGGGUCCAUAUCAUUGUGGAAGUCCAGAAGCCGGGUCCUACCAGAGUGGGCAUCCCCAUCCACACCUGAAAAAGAAGACCCCCCCAUGCAGUGCAUCCCUAUCUUUGGAACACCGGAAGGUAUUUGUCACCUACGAGGCCGACAGCGAUGGGCAUGUCAAUGAGAUCAUCAAGUUUGUGGCCUUGCUACGUCACAAUGGCUUUAACACCCGAAUCGAUGUGUUUGAACAGCAGUUCCGAAGCAUUAGCAAAAUUGACUUCAUGGAGGAGUUCAUCAGCGAGAAAGACUAUCUGAUCAUCAUCGUCAUCAGCCCCAAGUACUACGAGACGGUGACAGGUGCACACGUCAGCAUGGAGAACGAUGAGAGGACCCUGAACACCGUCUACAUCCACAAGCAGCUUCAGAAUGAGUUCAUUCAAAAUGGCAGCCGAAACUUCAGGUUCAUCCCUGUCCUCUUUCCUGGUGCCAAAAAGUGCCAUGUGCCAACCUGGCUCCAGAACACGCAUGUCUACAGCUGGCCCAGAGACCGGGACGAUGUCCUCCGCCGGCUGAUGAGGGUGGAGAAGUACAACCCUCCUCCUAUUGGGGAGCUGCCCACCAUCGUCUCCAUCCCUCUAUAGCUGUAGCGCCCCCUGGCUGAACACCAGAACUGCAGGCAGCCUGACUUCUGACCAAGGAGGGUCAGAUGAAGGAAAAUACUGUUACUCCUGUGUGGGGGAGGAUUUGUCUCAAUUAACGGCAAGCAGAAAUAUAAGAAUUGAGAGCUAAUAAUGAAUAUUGCAAAUAAACAAAACUUACAGAAAGCGAAAUAUGAGUGCAAAAGUUUUGAAAAAAUAAAACUGGGAAGCAAACAUGUAACUUGGUUGUUUAAAUUAGAGUUCCGCCUCUCAUUAAACAUCAGACCGACCCUGAAUGUGUGGAUUUCUUCAAAGCAAUGGCAACUCUCAGAUGAUCCCUGGAGUAAAAAAGAAAUAUAUAUAUAUAUAUAUCUUUUUUUUUACUCACUUUUAAAAAUAUAUAUCUGGAUUUUAUUUUUGUCAUAAAUAACUUUUUUAAAUCUGGAGCUUUGUUUCUUCUUGUUUCAGGCCUUGUUUUCCAGUGCUCAAAUAAGCAGAUGUUCAUUUGUAUUUUAGUCCAGUUGGCUGUAAAACGCUUUGAAAAUGAAUAAAAUGUACAGUGAUGCUGUACAGCGUUUGUUGUGGAGACA